AUGGCUAAAAAUGCUGAGGAAAUGAGAAAGGAUCCACCGAGGUAUUUCAAUCACAUGAAGUACAGGACUAGAAUAUUAGUGUUCAUGCGUAUGAGAUGGAAGAGAUUCGCUUACAUUGGAUUGCUUAUUAUGGCCUUCAAUGUGCUGGCUAAUGUUUUUGGCUUUGUUUUCGCUAGAAUCGAAAGAUCUUCAAGAAAGUAUAAAAAAAUUUAUCUUCAGAACAAGCAUCCUCAUUUAAUGGGUUAUUAAUCUGCAUUUGAUACUCUAUAUUCACCAAAGAUUAUAUCUCAAUAAAGUACUGAUAGGCUGUGUGAUACAUUUACUAGAAUAGAUAGAUAUCUAAAGCAUGGUGUCUCUAGGCAACUUAUCAUAAAUGUCUUACAGAGGGUAAAUAUUUAUAUUUAUACGUGUUAGAUUGGAAGAUUGACAGAAGAAUAAUAAAAGAAAAUAAUUGAUGGCUCAAAGCAGAAAACACUUCAAGGAAAAUUACUGAGUCCUUUAACAAUGAAAGAAUAUUUGGAAUUAGUAGAAUCCAAGGUAAACUUUAAUAAACAAAAGGGUACAACUGAUGAACUUUAGUUUAUUCAGGAAUUUUUGAGUGUGCUUGAAGUUGAAACAAUUAAUAUACCUUUCUCCGAAUAAAGUACUAUUUUGAUGAGUAUUACCAGCCAGAUGGCUUCAGCAAUAGCAGCAAUCCUUAUCAAAAAAAUAGUUUUUUAGUUGAGUAUAAACGGGAUAAAAGUUUCCUCAUGGGUAGUGGGGCAAUAGGAAACAAAAAUCUGA